AUUUACCUAAUUUUCGAGGUUGGGUUGGGAAGCCUCCAGGGCAGGGUUGCUAUCUGGAAAACAAUCAGUCGCGGGCGUCGGCUCCAAGUCCCUGACAGCACCAGUCGACCGAUCAUCUCUGUCCGGGAGCGCGUAUAUAAUCACCACCAUGCAGCAGCAGCAGCUGGACCGCUGUGGCUCCCUUAGGUCGAGACAUCAGGCCUCCUUCGUCGUCCCUGCCUUCAGCAGGCGACUCGCACCCCAUAGCUUCAAGCCCUGCUCCAAGCCCAGCUCCCCAGCAAGGUGGCAGGCUGCCACCACGCGUCCCCAUAUUGAACGCCAAUCCAUCAGGGCGCAAGCAGUAGCUCGGCCGUCGGUCUACUUCUUUGGCUUUGGAGGUGACGACGAAGAUUAUGAGGAGGAAUACACGGUGAUGAAGGUGCAGGUGGGGCUCUUCGGAGACGUCCGCAAGUGGCAGAAGGAUCUGGAGCGGCUGUCAGAGCUGUUCGACACGGAGGAUGAAGAGAGCCUGCAUUUCAUCCUGCAGGAAACGAUUACGAAGCUUCUCCGCAAUAUGGAGUACGUGUCGUACGGCCAGACUGCCGGCAAGAUGUUCGAUAACCUGGAUAACUGUGAGCGGAAGUUCAACCAGGUCUCCCUUGAAGAGCGCACCAAGUUCAAGGAGGAAACCUACUCAAACGUGGACGGCCGCCGCCGAGUGCAGUCGAUUGAUAUCAAGCAAUCCUGGGAUAGCGGCAUUGACAACUGGCUGUGCGUAACGCUGCUGGUGGCUGUGGAGGGCCGCCUGAAGCUGCCCAAGAUUAGCAGCUCCGCGGACAUGCGGAAAGCACUGACUGCACUGGGCAGCAUCACACCGGAAACGCUGCUGGCCUUUGAGUUGCUGUGGACGCCGCAGGCGGAAGGCGACAGUUACAGCAAGGACGAGUUGCUUCAGGAUUUCCCGACUUUGGCCCUGCUAUGAGGUGGCCAGGUGACGCCCACCCUCCCCUUCAGCCAAUCUUACCCACAUGCUGCUCAGUAGGCCCCAGCCCGCCCAACAGUUUUGCAUUUACGAGAGGCCAAGAUGUCUAAGCAUUUCGUUUUGCCCGAGGCACAGGCAGCUAGGACAUGUCCAUUGUGCUAGAUGGAAAACAAACGGACUCCACACCCACUCCUAAUUGGCGGUGCGCGAAAGUACAGGGCUCGGCAACGUGCUCUGCCGUUUACGUGCGACGCGCUGUGAUGCUCAGUGUUGCUUAUGUGCCGGGUGCGACCGCCUUGUUAUAAAACCAACGAGGUUUCCGGACGCGCAGCCCUAUCGGACGACGAAGCGCCAUGCUAGAGAGAUAGAAUUUCUAUUUUUGGAUGGUUGAAUGGGCUAGUGCAAUGGGCUUGCGCGUCAACCCAGACUGCAAUGCAGGUUGUAUCUAUCACAUGGAGUAAACAACUUCAUAAUAUCAGCACUGCGCGUUUCCAACACGCGUUUUCCAAAUUCCCAAUGCAACAACGAUUAGAGCAGCAGUUCUGACAUUUUGGCUACACACGGGGAGUCCGUCUGGUGCGAGGCCUUGGGUUAGCUUGUUGCUCGUUCUUCUCUGGGGUGGCGGCGGCAGCGCUGCUGGUGGCACGAGGCGUGCGAGGUGACCCGGCUGCCGGGCUCAACCCGAGUGCCGCUGCCCCCUGGUUGACCGACGAACAGUGUGGCCCUCACCAUCCGACACGUAUACUGUGCCUUGAACUUCCGGUUUGCCAAGCGCCUUCGCUUCUGUUGACUUACGGACCGGUGCCUUCUUACGCACGCUUAGCAACACCGCAGCUACUACAAUUGAAAGUGCAACAAGAAUUCCUGGUACUACCAGUAAUGGAAAAGGACUGCCCAUUCUGAUGAGGAGUGGACGGGCGUUGACUAAAGCGUCCAACUUGAGGUUGUACAAAUGCAACAAGGAGCGCCAAGGCCAGUCAGAUAUAACUUCUUAUUCUUC